ACUUCUGACCAUUUUCAUAGCGAAACGUGCUUUUUCACCUUAAAAAUUUACUAACAAGAAGAAAACAAAGGGCAUAAGAUGGAGGAGAGUCAGAAAGGAAAGGAAGAUAAGGCAAAGGAAGAGGUGAGAUACCGAGGAGUUCGAAGGAGGCCAUGGGGUAAGUUUGCAGCUGAAAUUCGAGACCCUACAAGGCAUGGUGCUCGACAGUGGCUCGGGACAUUCGAUACAGCUGAGGAUGCAGCAAGGGCAUAUGAUCGCGCUGCAUUUAACCUAAGGGGUCAUCUUGCUGUUCUUAACUUUCCUGAUGAGUAUUAUUCUCAAGUCAUGGGAUCUCCUCCUUAUCCUCCUCAUCUUUCAUCUUUUUCAUCACCAUCAUCUACUACUUCUUCAGCAACUUCUAGUACUGGCAAUUUCGAGAGGGGGGGUGGUUCGUCAUCUAGUAGGCAAGAGAAGCAAGUUUUCGAGUUUGAGUACUUGGAUGACAAGGUGCUGGAGGACCUCCUUGAACCGGAGGAGGAGAAGAAGAAACGAAAUCGAGGUUGAUCGUGACACCAAGAUGAAAGAAUGAAAUGAAGGUUGUGUUUCAAGCCCUUUCUUGAUCUAUUUCUUUGACUGUUUUGUUUCUUUCUCGAUCCGCCAGCUCUCCCACCCCCUCUUUCCCCUAAGUUUUAAUGAAUUUCAAGGUUUAAUACUUAACAUCGUUAGUGUUUUCUUGAGAAAAAACUGGGUAUAUACAGUUUAAUCGAUAGAAGAAAAAACGCUAUAAAUGUGGUGAGUUUGUAAUAGUUAUAGAUGUGAUCUAAUAUUUUGAUGCAAGUAUGGUUUAUGUUAUUA